UUUAUUUUGUAGUCGUUUCUUGUUUUUCUUGAGUUGUUGUUGCUUUUCUUUGGUUAAAACCAACAUGAGUAUACUUCAGAAAACCUCAUACUCGCAGUUAACCCCUAGUGGAGGACAGUCCUUAGAUUCCGGCUCAAAAUCCAGGAUAGGUUCGACUGUCGGGAUUUCCAACGAAACUUUAUUAAAUAAAAGGACUGAUGGCACCUCGUUAGUACCGAAGACAAUCACCAAACAGUUGCUCAAAAAAAAAACAGCUAAGGUUGUUAAGAAUUCAAGGACCCCAGGCACUCCUGAUAAGAAAAAACCCCUUAAGAGGGCAAAGAGUCCCCAGAAAAAGGUAGAAUCGCCAGCUAUUUCGAAGGCAAUUGUUAAGGCUGAGAAAUCAAGGGAAAGUUCUAAGGAUGGGUCACGGAGAUCGAGUCAGAGAUUCAAUUUCCGUGAUCGAUCCUCUAGGAGUUUCCUUCCCGAUUCUCCAGCGGAUCGUGAGAGUUUGAAAACUUUUACAUCGGACGUAUCCAUUAUAUCUAGAUUCUCUACGCGCAAACGGAGUACUAUCAAAAGUAAGUCUUCAAUAAUUACGACGGGUUUUUGGGGUCCCCAUAGGGUACAUCUUUUAAAAACUGAGAGCCCAAAGAAAGCCGAUGAAGUGCAGGCAGAGAACCCAGUUAUGGAUAAAGUACAGGUGGAAAUCGCCGAAUCGUCAGAUUCAGAUUCGAUAGAAUUAAAUACAAUGCCGGAAUGGGAUUCAAUGAAAGCACUUACUAGUCUUCUAUCAAUUUCUGAGACCGAAACAGAGUCUACUACUGAACUUGAAAAUGGGAUUCAAGAAUAGGAGGAUGAUAAACCAGCUGAGAGACUUAAUUUUCUUAAAAUAUUUGGUCGCCUACCAGAUAUAACCGCUCUGUCGCCUAGUGAUAGUGUUGAGGUCAUACAAAUACCCAAUGUGGAUGGAAAGUUUGUGCCAACCGUGGACGAAGGAUCCUAUAGAUCAAGUAAGUCGGUCAGCGCAGAGGAUCUUCAAGUGGAAAAUGAGUUCACCGAAAAUCUGGAAGUAAAACAAAGCAGUUCUGGUAUCAGUCUCGAAGAUUCGACCGGUACCGAUGCGGAAGUCGAAUGCGAAAUAGUGCCGGAAAAGCCACCGGAAGAAGACAUAAGUGAUUUUUUGUUGAGCAUCCGUCCCAGACUUACGGUCUUCAAUGAUUCAUCAUCGUCAAGUGGGGAACAUGUCAUUUCGGUCAACAGAGAGAUUGUCGAAAUAUUUCUCAUUGGAUUAAUAAACCAAACAGUGCGGCAUGCAGAAAUAACUUCAGUUCGACUGGGGCGACUGCUGGACAAGGAAAAAUUGCUGAAGGAACUGCGUGGUUUGGCCAAUGACUAUCAAUCCGAAUUGCAAAGAAAUAGGGUUCUGGAAAAGGUUACAACGGAUUAUUAUGUAAGGCGUAAGGAGUUUUCGUUCGUCAUCGAGCCCAAGCAAAUAGAUACGAUCAAUCGCGAACGUCUGAUGUCUGCUCUGGUGGAACUGGACAAUCGAUUGGAGCAAAUGCAGAAGACUGAGCAGUUAUGUCAAAAGCAAUUUCAGGACUUAACCUCGGAGUUGGAAGGAGCCCGCAACCUGAUUUCCGAGCAAACCACCCAAUUCGAAUCGAAAGUCAGGGCAACUCUUUGCAAAGAAGGCCACGAUCACAUUAAGGAAGUUAUUGAUAAUCUCUUCCGAGAAAUGAACGUGGUUCGCGACGAAAUGUCCCAAAUGCGAGAGGAAUUGAUCUUCAUCCAGCAGCGAUUGCAGGACUUAAAAAAUAAAUCUGAAAAACUGGAAAAUCUUGGUAAUGGCAUGCACGUUCUUGAAUAUAUUUCCGAUCAGAGCAGCAAUAACGUGCUGGAACAAAAACUUAAAGAGAGGGAGCUGGAGCUGUAUCAGUUACGCGAGCGCAAAGUUCACGCAAUCCAUGCAAUGGCCCAUUUAAUGAAUAAAAAGAAAAUAAACGAGGGGCAGUUGCGAAAAAUGAAGGCCAAGCUUAAAGUGCAGGAGAAGCUGAAGAAGGACCUCCGGGACCGCCUCCACAAGGGAAUGGUGCAGCACGAGCAGCUCAAGAAGCAGGCUUCAAAGCUUAGAAAAAACGGAUGUCUGAUGCAAUAUCCGGAUUUGUUGCGGGACUACGAUGCAACCGUGGAGCACCUGGAAGCCAAGCGAGUGGUGGUCAGAAAGCUCCGUAUAGAACACAAACGUCUGGAAAGGAGGAUCUUAGAGGUGGACACCCAUAUCGACCGUUUGACUCUGGCGCUCAGGAAGAAACUGAGCUUUGCUUCCGGCUCCCUAAGGCUAAGCAGUCGUAAGAUUAGCAAAACACAAAGAUAACAAUAUCGAU